CCGACUCAAUUGAUCGUGGUCGUGGAUCAUUCUCCAACUGCCUUUUGACUUCAUUUAAGGUGCUUUGCCCCUCCACCUGUUCUCCAGUCGCCUUGCGUCUCUUGCCAAAGCAGAAUUGCACUUGCGUCGAAGUCUAGCUUGUCUUACAAGCUGUUCCCUGUUCCCAUCACCCAAAUUAUAUGGCAGCUGCCCCACGCAUUCCGGUCGCUUCGUCUCUUGUUGUGAGAGGCCUUCUAAUUCGAAAUGAAUCCACAGAGCAUCACAUCCUCCUCCGACGCAAUGGAAACUCCAUCAUCCACUUCUUGCGGAUCUGUGUUUUCCUUCAGAGGAGCUGCUGACCUCGCCGGAAGCGACAAUGGCUUGGUCUCUGACAAGACUCUCCUUUCCUCAAUUGAGGGUGACUCCAGUGCGCCAUCAAGUCGAAACCAUACCAUGAGUGGAGCCUUGCACAGCCGCAAUCCAUCCUUCACAUACACUCCUCCCCCUUCGGACAGCUCGGGGAGCAGGGCAACUCCAUCAUUCCCCGGCGACGCAGCAAACCGCGGAACGAUUGACAACAUCCGCCAGACUCUGGGCACAAUCCGCCUCUCGACUCCGGAUUCCAGUCUCGACAUGUCCCACGUCGCAGCCGCGCUCGACGACGUUGCCGGCGGUUCGGGAGCCGGGGCCCUGUCCCCGAGCCGGACUCCCCCAUCCAGCGAGGGGGUUCAGGCAGCUUCUUCUGCUUCCCGGCGACGCUCCAGCUCGCGGGUGAAGAUCACGACUCCGCACGACGUUCGAGACGAAGAGCCGCCCCGUGAUCGCUUCCACGAGCCCGGCUUCCAGCAGGCCUUUGCUGACGCGAAGCGCGCCGUGGCCGAUCUGACCGGUGUCCUUGAGAGCAGCUCCCUCUCCCUGCAUGCGGAGCCGGACUCGACCAUGCGACGUCUCCAUGGAGAGGCGGAGGCGCUGUCCCGCUUUCUGUGUCCUUCCACUCGUAUCGUGGGCUUUGUUGGCGAUUCCGGUGUCGGUAAAAGCAGCCUUCUCAACUCGCUCCUGGAUCAUCAGGGAUUGGCAAGAACAAGCAACAGCGGUGCAGCGUGCACAUGCGUCGUCACAGAGUACAUCUACCAUGACAAGGACCAUUUCGAAGCCGGGGUGGAUAUGUUUACCAUGGAUGAGGUCGAGGCCCAACUUACGGAUCUCCUUCAAGCCUAUCGCCACUUCCAUCACCACCGCGACGAGAUGGACAGAGACGAGAGGCAAGACUUCCAGGACAGGGCCAACGUUGCCUUGGACACCUUCCGGGCCAUGUUCCGCAGCAGGCUUGCCGACGAAAAGUUCCUCGUGGAUUGGGACGAGGAUUCCGUCAUGGAAACCCUCCGCUCGUGGGCAAAGGUUGUGGCCCCCUCAUCCAACGCCGGACGCAACUUGGUGGCGUCUUCGCUGGCUGAGUGUUCCGCACUUCUCAUGAAGCUCACAUCUGAGAGCGCAUCUUCCAAAGAGCCGGCCAUGUGGCCUUAUAUCCGCAAAAUCAGGGUCUACCUGAGGGCUCAUAUUCUUCGAAAUGGCCUCAUUCUUGUCGAUCUUCCAGGCCUUCGAGACUUGAAUGCGGCCCGUCGUAACAUUACGGAGCGGUAUAUGCUCCAGUGCGACGAGAUCUUCGCCGUCUGCUACAUUGGCAGAGCCACCACUGACGCCGGGGUUAUGGGAGUCUUUAAUUUGGCGCGCCAAGCUAAGCUCUCGAACGUUGGGGUUAUCUGUACAAAGGCCGAUGACAUUCGUCCCGAGGAGGCCAAGAAAGAUUGGAAAGGCGACCGCGCGAAGGAGAUCCAGAAGCGCAUCGACAUUGUGGAGGCCGAUCGACGUGAUUUGAAGAAGAUCAAGGAUGAGCUUGAUGAGUACGGCGAAGAGGACGACUUGUUGGACGAGGAAAAGGACCAUCAACUCAACCUUCUUCGUCGAUCCAGGGCAGCGACGAAACGGAAGAGGGAGCAUGAGUUCCAGUUGGUCAAAUACCUUAUCAACACGCGCAAUGCCAGUGUGACAACGAGCAUAGAAGACCUUUACGGUCCGCGGGUGCCAGGCGACGGCGUCAAAGUGUUCUGCGUUAGCAACACGCUAUACUGGGACCACCGACCCAUGCCCAAAGACGAGGCUCUGCCGUAUCUCCAGCUGAGCGGGGUUCUCCAGAUCCGCAAACACUGCCUAUCAAUGGUGACGGAGAGUCAGCUGCGGAUCGCCACAAGGUACAUCCGAGACGACAUCCCGGCGCUUCUUGGCGACGUCGAUCUGUGGGUGCAGUCCGGUGCGGGGACCAUGGAUGCCGAGCGCAAGAGAGUUGUCCGACAGACUCUUGAUGCGGUGGAGGCCAGGUUGACAAGAGAUUUAACCGGGGCCGGUUCAAGGAUGAAUGAUAUUAGCAAGUCAAUGAAGGAUGAGUUCAAAGACAAGGUGAUGGACAGAUUCAGACAGCGUAAUACUGCAUGGAGGCAGUGCGCGAGGAAUGCUAGCGGCGAAUGGACAGGGUGGCACCAUUCAACGUAUUCGGCCUUUUGUCGAAACUACGGAGACCAUUCUACCCCCACCGCUGGCUCACACAACUGGAACGAGGAGGCUAUUGAAGCUAUGAUGGAGGACUUGGAGCCUCAGUGGGCUGAGCUUCUCUCAGAAAUCGAUAGCCAUCAAGAGACAACCAUGGCGUUGAUUCAAGAUUGUCUGGAGUCGGCACCGCAAUACCUAGACACCGAGCUCGGGGCCGACUCGCUGUCCACUGCCACCCUUAGGCAGGCAUUCUUAUCCCGUCAACGUCUGCUACUUGCCAACGUUGAAGAUAUCUGUGAUGUAUUCGGGCAACAGCUUUCCAUGCUGAGAACUGAUGCACUCUCUGGUAUUCGUACUUCAAUGAUGGGGAAAGCAAUGGAGGAAUCAUACAAUGCGUGCCGCCGCGAAAGUGGCAGCGGCAGUGACAGCCGCCGGAAAGGGAUCAUCAACAGAAGACUCGCAGAUGCGAGACUAUUUGAUGACUUGAUGACCCAGUUCAAACGAAGUUUUUCGACGCUGGCGGAGGGGCUUCAAACUGAUAUCCAAGCUGCCGCUCAAGGGCAUCUAUCAGUUAUCGUGAACACGCUCAACAUUGUUAAGGAUGACAAUGUUGCACUUGAGAGUGAGAGCGAUCAGGACUUUCGACAGAGAGUGGAGGAAAGACUGAGGGUGGUCAGGAAUGAAAUGCAGCGGAUUACGUCCGAGAUUGCUAUUUCUUAGACCAUUCGUUCCUAGCAGCUCAGCAGCAGUGGUUCAUCAGGUGUUGGGUCGUCUUAUAUUUUAGGCAUACGUAGUGCAUGGUGUUCUCCUACAAAGGUUUAUUUGCCCCUAG